AUGACGAAGGUUUACCAGGCGUGGAAAGGCAGCAAUCGUUUCUUGUGCUGGGGGCGUUUCAUCUUCGGCCCGGACGUACGGUCGCUGGUCAUCUCCUUCGUCCUCAUCCUCGUGCCCGGCACACUCUUCUGCAUCUUCGUAGCCGCGCCCUACGCGGGGAAGCUUCCCGGAGGCAUUGCCGUGCUUCCCGUUUCCAUCUGCUUCGUCAUCUGGAAUCUCUUCAUUCUGCUCGUGACAGCAAGCAGGGACCCGGGCAUCGUGCCUCGCAACCUCGUGCCACCACAGCCAGAUGAGGAGGCAGGGGAGCAGGCAGCGGGAGGGGCGCCGAAGAAACUGCCGCGGGCCAAGGAGGUGGUGGUGAACGGGCAUACGGUCAAAGUGAAAUACUGCGACACCUGCCUGCUGUACCGGCCGCCCAGAUGCUCGCACUGCAGUAUAUGCGACAACUGCAUCGAGAAAUUCGACCACCACUGCCCGUGGGUGGGGCAGUGCAUUGGACGGCGCAACUACCCCUUCUUCUUUCUCUUCGUCACCACCACCACGCUGCUCUGCGUCUUCGUCUUCACCCUCUCAGCCUUCUACAUAAAGCUCCUCGUAGACAACUCCUACCCAGGCGCCAGCAGGCAGAGCAUCUCGCUGCUAGAGGCGCUGGGAAAGGGGUACAUGGCAGCGGUGCUGAUGGUAUACACGUUCAUCAUGGUGUGGUUCGUUGGCGGGUUGACAGGCUUUCAUUCGUUCCUCAUCUCGCGCAACCAGACCACGUACGAGAACUUUCGAGCGCGCUACGAGAAGAAAGCCAACCCAUACAACCGCGGGUGUCUGCACAACUGGCGCUCCGUGCUCUGCUCUCCCAUCCCCCCCUCCCGCCACAACUUCCGAGCCGACGCCCCCGAACCUCCCCCCACCGUACCUCCCGUUACCGACCCUACCUCCUCUUCCAACCAUGCUCUGAUACCAACGGCAAAUACCAACGGGCACACGCAUGACGACGCGCAGAGGAACGGAAAUGGGGUGCCGUAUAUGAAUGGAAGAGCGGGAGGGCUAGGAGGAGGGGGGGUAGGGGGACUGGAGGCUGGGGGAACGAGCGUGAUAGACCCAGCAGCAGCAGCCGACGAAUCAGAAGCCCCCAUUCUUCCCGCCAUGCGUAACCGCAACUCCCGACCCAACUCCCGCCGAACCUCCCCAGCCUCCAUACCAGGGUCUCGCCGAGCCUCCCCAGUAGGCUCGUGGAAAGGCUCCCCAGGGCACGGUUCAAAGCGGAAUUCCCCCCACCACCACGGGUCGUCUCGUCUCAGUUCCCCCGGUCUAUCCGGCAGAUCACCAGUCAAUAAGAGGCAAUCAGAAUACGAUUUAGUAGAAUCAACUCGACUGACAGAUGAUGAGGGAGGCAGGAUUGCGGAUCAGAUAGUGGAACUGGGGAGAAUGCCGGAUGGUUACAUGGCAGGUGGAGCCGGGGAGGAGAGUGUGGAUAGCAGUGGUGUUCCGAGGAGUGUGAGUGGGAGGAGGAGUGGGAGUGGGAGGCGGAGAGGGGAGGAGAUCGUGGUGCUGGAGGGGAGUGAGGGGAAGGAGCGGAGAGAUGAAGUGGGUGGUGGUGAAGAGGUGGUGGUGGAUGUGCCAAUUGUAGGGUGA